AUGCCGGUCCUGAGAGAACCCAUGGCAGGAGGCGGACGGGGUCGCAGGACCCCAGGAGUCCGCGGCACCGAGGAAGCACCUGACCCCUCGCGAUCAGACCUGACUAGCGCUGGCGACAGGAGCCGUUCCGCGAUGGGGAGACGCUCCAAUGGAGAACUUACACCAGCAUCAGGGACAUCACAAACGGAACUCGUGAAUGCCUUCGGUGAUGAGGAGGUGACGCCCCCGCUGGCAGAUGGAAACGUGCCCAUGUCCAUAGAUGUUACGCACAACCCUCCUCCUCCUCCUAGCUCGCCAUUCCAACUCAUCACAUACAAGAAAAUGCGCCCAAGUGGAAUCCGAGCUCACUCCCGCCAGCAAAGACCAAGGAGAGGUGGAGAUGGAGACCAAGGAGCCGACCGCAUCCUUUUCGAGGAAAACAUCACAUUCCAGGAAAACCGAUAUCAAGUCCCUUUAAAGAUAAAAGAGCCUGGACUCCCUUUAGAAGCCAACAACAAGAUUACAGCAGAAAGGAGAUUAAACGCGCAGCUACGACGUUUCCGCACUGCGCCCGACGUCCUUCAGCAGUACGAUAAAACCAUGCGGGAAUAUUUCACAGAGGGACACGCGAAACCUGUCACAGGCCAGGACCUGCCGAGGAACCUGUAUUACCUACCUCACCACGCCGUAAUACGCAAGGAUGCAGUCACCACCAGGAUAAUAAUCGUAUUUGACGCUUCGUCCCACAUUCCGGGCCAGCCUUCGCUGAACGACGUCCUGUCGAAGAGUGCAAACAUCAACAGUGACUUACUUCAUCUGCUGCUUGCCUUCCGUUCCUACCCCAUUAUCCUCACCGGCGACAUACGAAAGGCUUACUUGCAGAUUGAAAUCAGGCCUGAAGACCGCGACGCACUCCGAUUCCUGUGGCUUACCGAGUUGCCUUCCGCUACAAACUUCCAUCCUGAAUGCAAAGAGUGGCGCAUGACUAGGGUCCCGUUUGGCGCUUCCUCCAGCCCGUUUCUGUUGGCGGCGACGUUACAUCACCACUUCGAGGCGGUUAGCGACAAGUACCCGGCCACCGCAGCACGACUUCGCAGAAGCUUUUACGUGCACGACCUCGUCAUUGGGUGCGAAAGCGUGAGCGAAGCCGCCAAUCUGUACUCCGAAAUCAGGAAGGUCCUCCGAGAUGACGGAAUGGAGAUUCGGAAGUGGGCCUCGAAUUCGUCCAAUCUCCAGUGCAUAUUCCUCAAGGACGGCACAGCUUAUGAUGACGUCGACUGCACAGAACUGGUGCUUCGCGUCCUCGGAGUGUCAUGGGACAGGCGCUCUGACACAAUAUCCGCGCGAACGGACACGGUGCAUCAUUUCGCCACGAUUAGCCAGCCCACCAAGCGUACGGUACUGCAGGCGUUUUCUAGCCUCUAUGACCCUUUCGGCUUACUCUUGCCGUUCACAGUCACUGCACGCCUACUCUUUCAAAUGGUGUGGAAGGAACGCUUGGCCUGGGAUGUCCCAAUGGCACCCACAGAGCAGCAGACGUGGUGGAAAUGGGUGCACGGGCUUUCGCUGCUUUCUCAAAUACAGGUGCCCAGGUGCGCCGUACAGUCACGAGACUGUCUACUGGACCUUCACCUCUUUGCGGACGCCAGUCCACGAGCGUAUGGCGUUGUGGUCUAUGCACGCACAAGCGUAGACAGUGACAUACACUCCCACAUUCUCAUCGCCAAGAGCCGAGUCGCUCCGCUAAAGCCCGUGACGAUUCCGCGGCUGGAGCUCCUUGGCUGUCUACUCGCCGCCCGCAUAUGUAGUCGCAUCCGCAACUCGCUAUCCUUGGCUGUCACGAGGGCCACCUUCUGGACCGACUCACUAAUUCCCCUGCACUGGAUAAAGAGUGAGCCUUCGAAGUGGCCUCAGUUCGUCGCCGGUCGGACGGAGGAAAUCCGGCAGUUAACCAGCCCAGAACGAUGGAGGCACUGCGACGGUGCCCACAACCCCGCCGACCUUCUUACCAGAGGUCUCUCGGCACAGGACCUCAUCGAGAGCAAUGCAUACGGCCAGGAUGCUUUGAUUCGGCUGGAAGAUUACAGCUCGCUGAGACAUCUCCUACGAAUCACAGCCUAUGUAUAUCGCUACGUUGCCAACAUACGUCACCCAGACGUCAAGCGCACCGGUCCGCUCUCAGCACAAGAACUGCUGUCCGCGGAGCGGCUUUGGGUAGAGCGUACUCAAGGGGAGGCGUUUGCAACUGAAAUCGCUGAUCUAACAAACUCGCGCCCGCUUCCCAGGUCUUCCAGCAUUCUUACGCUGAACCCGUAUCUUGGCACCAGCUUACUCCUUCGAGUCGGUGGCCGCCUGCAACAAAUGGAAGACACCGAGCGUGUUCGACAUCCCAUCCUCCUUCUCAGCAAGCAUCGCCUGACUGAACUGCUCUUCAUGGACGUGCACACGCGCCUUCACCAUGCCGGGAUCCAAGACACGUUAUGCGAACUGCGACAAAGCUACUGGGUGACGAAGGGACGUCAAGCCGUGCGCCGGACACUGCAUACCUGCCUCCAAUGCAGGCGAAGGCGUCUCAGUCCAGAAUCUGCACCGGUCGCACCUCUACCGAGAGUAAGGCUAACCCCCUCGCUCCCGUUCGACACCGUAGGCGUCGAUUUCGCCGGACCUCUUUCUGUCUCCAGGGAGGACGGCACCGAGCACAAGGCCUACAUCACGCUCUUCACCUGCAGAGUAACCAGAGCUGUCCACCUAGAGCUAGUCUCCGGAAUGACCACACAGCACUUCCUCGCCGCCUUUCGUCGCUUCAUCUCUAGACGGGGUGUUCCAUCCCUAGUCAUGUCAGACAACGCGCGCACCUUCCAUCACGCCGCCCGCCUUCUUUCAGUCCUAUCCUCCCCCGAUGUCUAG